GGAGCCUAAUGCUGUCAAUUAUAAUUCAUUGAUGGAUGGAUAUUGUCUUUGCAAGCAAAUUGAUAAGGCUAGAAAGCUAUUUGAUCUGAUGGUGACCAAUGAAAUAGCUGACAUAUUUAGCUACAGCAUUUUGAUCAAUGGAUAUUGUAAGUGCAAAAUGAUAGAUGAUGCAAAGGAUAUUUUUGUUGAAAUGUCUCAUAAAGGUUUAGUUCCUGAUGCUGUUACUUAUCAUACUCUUAUAAAGGGUAUGUUUCAAGCAGGAAGGCCCCAAAAUGCAAAAGAGCUCUUUAGGAAUAUGUGCUCUCAUGGUCAACAGCCAAAUAUAGUAACCUUCUCAAUUAUGAUUAAUGGCUUGUGUAGUCAGGGGAAUCUGGAUGAAGCACUCACCCUAUUGAAAGAAAUGGAGGAAAGUCAGUUGAAGCCUGAUCUUGUGACCUAUUGCAUUCUGAUCAAUGGACUCUGCCAACAAGGAUUAAUGGACGAAGCGUAUAAGGUAUUUAGAGACAUGGAAAAGGGAGGAUGUUUACCGAAUAAUUGUUGUUAUAAUAUCAUCAUUCAAGGGUUUCUCAAGCAUGAGGAUUUACCAAAAGCAUCAGAACUAAUCAAUGAAAUGGUUGACAAGGGAUUCUCUGCCGAUGCUACUACCACUGAAUUGGUAGUACGUUUAUUGUGCAAUGAUGAUCUCAUUCUGAGGCAUUUAAAGGUGCGCAAUGAGGGAUCAGCAAACUAAAGUUGUUAUAUCUUGACCAUUCAAGUGUGUCUUGGAGUGCAACUUGGUAAUUACCUUUUUCAAAUAUAAUAGAUAUGUAAUUUAACUAACUUCUUCAAAUAUCAUUUUUAAUUUCAAUCAGCUGUGAUUCUCUUCCACAAAAUGAAAAUUUCUAACACCGCAAAUGACCUGUGGUGGAAACCAUGAUAUGUGUGUGCCUUUCGCUUGAAUUCAGACAUGGACUUGAUCUCUUUGAUAUAAGAUUGUUGAUGAAUGGAGGUCAUGGAUUUC